AUGCGGAUGGUGGCAGGAUCGAUGAUCGGACGUGCAUUGAGGCAGUUGGGCAGCGUCCGGGGGCUGAUCACCGUGCCCGGCGCGCUUGCGCUGACACUUUGGCUGAGCGCGUUCAUCGCGCUUCGGCUCGACCGGAUGCUGGCGCGCAGCGAUGCGGUCGAACUCUACCGCAUCCUCCAGACCGACUACGAAACGGCGGUCACAAUCCUGUCGACGAUCUCCGGCGCUUCGAUUACGACGCUUAGCCUUGUCUAUUCGCUGGUGCUGGUCGUCUUCACCCUGGCCGCCGGCAACAUCGCGCCGCGGCUGUUGCGGCGAUUCACCGGCGACCGUGUCAAUCAGGUGACCGCCGGCCUUCUCGGCGGCACCUUCCUGUUCUCCCUGACCAUCCUGCACCAGACCGGCCCCGAUACGGUGCCGGGCGUUUCGAUCGCCAUCGCGUUCUGCCUCGCCGUGAUCGCGGUGCUGCAAUUGAUCUUCUUCGUUCACACCGUUUCGCGCAGCGUGACGAUCGACGAGGAGAUCGCCGCCAUUUCCACCCAACUGGAAGAGCGCCUCACCGGAAUCGUCGCCGACAAUGAUGACAAAGCCCUGGAUGCGUCGUUCGACCGGGGUGACGCGGCGGCGUUCGAAAUCACCGCCGGCGAAAACGGCUAUAUUGUCGGCAUCGACGAACAGCGUCUGACCGCGCUGGCCGACCAGUUCGACGUGCGCGUCGAGAUCGUCGACAAGCCGGGAACCUUCGUCCUCAGGGGGCAGGCUCUGGCCAGCAUUUUCAGCGAUGCGGGCGAUGGCAAACGCGGUGCCAUCGAAGAAGCGUUUGCCGGUUCGGUGACCCUCUCCCCGGUGCGCGGGUCGGGCGACGACAUCGAGUAUGCGAUCAGCGUGCUGCUUGAGAUCGCGCUGCGCGCGCUGUCGCCGGGCGUCAACGACACGUUCACGGCCAUCGCCUGCGUCGAUCGGCUCAGCGCAGCCUUCGUGACGCCGGUCUACAGGGGAUUGCGCCAGCGCCUUAUCAGCGACGGGGACGGCGUCGUCCGCGUCAGCAUUCCCGGCCUGACGGUCGAGGACAUCGUCAACACGGCAUUCCACCCGCUGCGACGCGCGGCGGCCGGCAAUCUCCUGAUGGUGCAGAACAUCGCCGACGCGCUGAUGCGGCUGCAUGACAUUGCCGAUGAUGAAGUCGGGCCGAUCUUCGAGCGGCACGCCAUGCUGCUGAUGGCCUCGUUCGAAAGAACCGAUCCACUCGAUGCCGACCGCGAUUUUCUGGCAAACCGGCUUGCCCCGAUCUUGGGCCGCGACGGCACGACCGGCUGA